AUGCAUGUCCUGCUGGAAAAGCCCUUCAAGUUCAAGGUGGCAGCACACGCAUUGCAUACGUUUACCUCCAGAGAACUUGAGGCUGAUGAAGCAGAAAGGCAGAGGAUCCGCGAGGCUAGAGAGGCAGACAAACGGAGAGAAGAGGCAGAAAGACAGAGACAGUUCGAGAGGGAGAUGUGGCAGCUAGGAGGUCCAGUGUUGGACCCUGAUGAUUUUUACAGCUCGAAAGGGCUUGUGUUGAUUGAUGAAUUUAAGAAGUGUGUUCCCGAUGAUGUAAGGGCAUACCUAGGUGAAGAGGAUGCCGCCACCCUGCGGGGGUCUGCUAAGAAAGCAGGUGAAGGUGUUUUAGCCCACAAGGUUGAGUUUACUCCAGAUGAGAGGUACCCAGAAAGUAGCUGGGAGGUUCGGGUUGAUCUUGAAUUUGAAACUGGGACAAAUGGAUUUGGUUCAGUGAAUAAGGGGUUAACCAUGGUACCAGUGGAAACUGAGGAUUCUCAGUCGCUUGUAUUAGACAGUGUUUUAAAAGUUAGUGAUGAGAUAAAAAUUGAUGAGGUAAAUGUUACCGAAGAUAGUGGGAAAAGUGUGGGUUUUGGACUUUUGAAUAAAGUACUUGUGAAGGUUGGAUUGGUUUCGCGACCUUUGACCCUGCUUGCAGGACAAAGGCCUGCUGAGGAAGGAAGCAAGUAUCAAAAUGCCAGUGUCCUGCGUCAUACCCUCGUGUCGAAGCAAGUGGAGACCUGUCUGGUCUUGUAUCACACCAAGAUCUCUGAUGAUAUGUCUGAGAAGCAGGAUGAGGAAGUUGGGCAAGUAUUGCGAUGGAACAGGCUGCACACUUUGAGCAUCACUGUGAUGAUUAUCUUUCAAACAUCUCUGAACUGACUAUGCUGGGGGGAGCACUUGAUAUCACUUGAAUAUGCUUUUCGACAACAGAUGAAGACUUUAUGCCUGAAUGAUUUCCCGUGUGCUACUGGCAGCUGGAACAGGUCCAGGAGUCCAACAAAGGGGGCCAAAAGUGGCAAGCUACUGAGAUACUAUGGAGAGAAGGAAGAGGAGCAGGAUAAAGAUGUAAAUGAGGAAGACCAGCUGGCACUGAGGGAAUAUCUAACUGAUAAGCAUUCACCUUGGAAUGGUGAGGACCUGAGCCCAGAGAAUCAGCAUCUGAGGGAAAUGGCAAUCUCCUCGCCAUCACUCGUGAAUUUAAACUUCUUUUGCUCUAACUUAAAAGCCUUAAGACUUGUGAAUAAACAGAUCAAUGAGGUUGACAAGGACUUGUUGAAAUUUCAGAAUCUGGAAGAACUUACAUUAAGUGCCAAUAGGAUCUCUACAUUAAAUUCAGCCAAUCUUCCAAGAAAGCUGAAGGUUCUAGAGCUCUGCACUAAUGAGAUUUCCUCUCUAAAAGAUCUGGUCCACAACCCACCUCCGGGGUUACAACACCUGGGGCUGUCAUACAACAAGCUUUCUCUUGACUCCGAGUACAAAUACCUCUCAGGCGAAUUCUGGCCCAAUCUAAUAUCGCUUGACUUGAGUUUUAAUGACUUUGUGAAUUUGCUGGAUAUUGUGGCUCAUCUUACUAUGCUGCCGAAACUGAAGAACCUUAUCCUCCUGGGAAAUCCAAUGGCCUUUCUUCCCAAUUACCGGGGUUAUAUUAUUGACACAUUGAAAACCCUUACUGCCCUGGAUGAUGUGUUGAUAACCACAGAUGAAAGACAUAUUUUUACGCACUUGUCAAAAUAUGAAGAAUUUGCUGUUAACCUUACUCGGGCAACAGUAAGUGUGAGAAGUGUAACGGGCAUUCCCAAUCCCAUUGAUCCCCUGGAGGAGUUGCCAGAAUUCCCAAUUAUCACCAGGAAUUACUUUGUAACAUACGACUUUCUUGAAGAUUCACAAGGUUUUGAGGUAAGUACCGAGACAGCACUUGAUAAAAAGCAAAGUGAAAAUUCCUCCAGUGAAAUGCCUGGUGAGACUGGCAGAGUUUCCACAUCCACAAUUCCUGGCCCUGUCACCGGCUCUCUCUCAACAGCACAGGAACCAUCUCAGGACGUGCUUACUCACAAGGUACCUCUGAAGCCCUGGGCAGAUCCAAUUGCGUAUAACUACACCAAGGAUUUCAAUGUGGUUAAUCUGAAUGCACUGAAGAAAUUGCUCCAAAAAGGUCUGACAAUAAAUGUCAUUGAAGAAAAGAUCCUUUCGUGGCCAGUCGAGACAUUGGAAACUUCGGAAGCUCCCACAAAAGGGAAAGGGAAAGGACAAGAGUCUGCAAAGGGAGGUAAAAAUAGUGCCAAGGACAAGACCAAAGACAGCGCCAAGAACAAGAAUGGCAAGGACGAAAAGGGCAAAGACAGUGCCAAGGACAAGAAGGGUAAAGACAAUGCCAAGGAUUUAAAGAAACAGCCUUCUAUAUUUCAAAGCGAUGCACCCAUUGAGCGAAUACUGGGGACGUGCCAUGUCAAUCUGAACUCCAUUCUAAUGGGAAACCAUUUGCUUGAGAUGGUUUGUGAUUUAGGAGUUCCUGAAAAUGAACCAAAGCCAAAGCCAUCAACUCCAGAUAUUAAGGGUUUUGAUUUAUAAUUACGGUUUGCAGCAGGGACUGUGAAAACACAGCUGAGCUGAAUCAUUAACCGGAAUGCUAUCCUAGCUGGGUCCUCUCGGAAUGCCUUUGAGGAAAAGAAGAAGAACACUAUUCCUUGCUUUGACGGCAUCCGUGUUUUUGCUGGUUCUCAAAUGGCAAAGUGGAAUUGUCACGGUCGACAAGGAUAAGGAAAGGACUCAACGUGCUGUGGUCCCUACAGUUACUGUUAACAUGACCGAGACAACCCUGUGCUUACCAAAUACGGAAUACUUCAACAAGUCUGCAACGCUGCCCAAGGUAUACC